UUAAAGCUGCUUGGAAGUCUCAACAACAAUCUUAUCUUGUGUUUACGAGCGAGCACUUGAUAUUUAUAAACAACUUGAGGUCUUAUAUGCCAGUCGUUCUCGGGAAACAGACAAGACGAGUUCGCUUUGAUAUGGUCUAUCCCUGUAUUGUGAUUAUCGCAGUGUUUAUACUGCUAUACUGGCUACUUAAGAUCAAUAAAGAAUAUUAUGUAUUGGCUUUUUUUGCGCGUCGAGCUCGAGCUACCGAUGGACGCUUCGUGGAUAACAUUGCCCCUACAUUGAAGGGCAAUACGAUCUUUGGAAACGUUUUCGAUCUAUGUGGAAAAGACGAUGCGGGAACUUUUAGGUAUUAUCGUGAUGCGGCUCUCGAAAUAGGCAAAAGCUAUUUGAUCUAUGCCUUCGGGUCACCCAUGUACAAUAUUAUUGAUCCUGUUAAUGCGGAAUUUGUAUUGAGUAACACGACCCUCAUAACAAAGAGUAUAGAUUAUGACUUCAUGCAGCCAGCACUGCAUAAAGGAUUGCUGACCUCAACAGGUAAAAAGUGGCAUACGCGACGUAAGAUGAUAACUCCCACUUUCCAGCAUAAUGUAUUAGUUCAGUUUGAGGAAAUCUUUAGGGCGGAAAGUCAAAAGUUUGUAAGGCAAUUCGAGCACGAAGAGGAGAGCAUUGUCUCACUUACGGAACUUAUACCCAGAUUUUCACUCAAUAGCAUUUGUGAGACAGCCAUGGGCAUCAAUCUGGAUGAUAUGACUGAGCGCGGCGAUCGUUAUCGCGAGAGCAUGAAAAUGUUUGAGAAAUGUUUUGUGAAAACUUUCACCAAUCCACUGCAUUAUUAUGGGGCAAUCUACAAACUGUUUCCAAUCAAUGAGAAUAUCCCAUAUUUGAAAGUGGUACACGAAUUCACCAACGAUAUUAUAGCGAAGCGCCGGAUUCUCCUAGAGGAGGAGCUAAAUGAAAGACGCUGUCAUCAGUUGCCAGACGAUGAUAUAUACGUUAACAUGAAACGGCGCUUUGCCAUGCUGGACACACUCAUAUGUGCCGAGAAGGAUGGAUUGAUCGAUCAUGCUGGCAUAUGCGAGGAGGUCAACACACUUAUGUUCGGCGGCUUUGAUCCCUCGUCUAUUGCCUUGAUGUUUACCAUUUUUAAUUUAUCGUUAUACGAAGAUAUGCAGGAGCUAUGCUAUCAAGAGAUAUCGGAGCAUAUACAUGAUCAGAACAAUUUCGACAUUAAUCAGUUGUCAAAUCUGAAGUAUUUGGAGCGCUUCAUAAAGGAAACAUUGCGAAUAUUCCCACCUGUUCCCAUUAUAGGUCGUCAGACCUCAGAGGAAACUGUACUGCCAAAUGGGCUUAUUCUGCCUACCGGAUCACAGAUAAUGAUGCAUGUCUUUGAUCUGCAUCGAAAUCCCAAGUACUGGGAUAAUCCGAAUGUUUUUGAUCCUGAUCGUUUUCUACCAGAGAACAGCCUAAAGCGACAUGCAUAUUCAUAUAUACCAUUUAGUAUGGGUCUGCGUAAUUGUCUAGGUAAGUAA